AGGGUGUAUAAAAGAGGCGGCUACGUAAGUUAUUUUAGCCUCUUAUUUCUUGCUUUUUUUGUGCAAGUGCGUGAAGCGGGGUGGGGGUUUCCCAUGAGUCUCUCUAUAUAGCCCAGAUUGGCCAGGAACUCGCGAUCCCGUUGCCUCUCCCUCCUCAGCGCAGUUACACGACCUUGGCCUUGAAGCAAAGAACGUAGAGCCGGCUCACGAGCCUUGCAACAGCAUUGGCUAAGCAAUGUCAGUUGCAUCCUGGGAAUAGCAGUUCCUGUGACCCGGAUAUGUCGACAAAAGAUGACGAGACUAACGUCAUAGGUUCUGCUCUGCUCUGGUCUGGACCUCGGUGGAAGUUAACUAUUUAACAAUGAAAAGUUUGCCACGCUGUAACAACCUCUAGGUAUGUGCUACAGGCCUUCGGGUCAACUGUGAACACCAACUGGAGCUCUACCUUUUUUCACCGGUUUGCACACUCUUCUUGAGGCGGGUGAUCCAGCCUCCCUCCCUAUCCAAGAUCUAAGGUAGGUGGUGUCCUACUCCCUACCCUGUUUAUCCAUACAGGAUAGCAGCAUCGGCUCACUGCCUCCCAGCAGAGUGAGAUGGGACGCACAUCAAAGGAUAAACGGGAUGUCUACUAUCGCCUGGCCAAGGAGAAUGGCUGGCGGGCCCGGAGUGCCUUCAAGCUGCUUCAACUGGAUGAGGAAUUCAAUCUCUUCCAAGGCGUGAAGCGAGCAGUUGACCUGUGUGCAGCCCCAGGCAGCUGGAGCCAGGUGCUGAGCCAAAAGAUUGGGGGCCAGAGUUCUGGUCAGGUGGUGGCUGUGGACUUGCAGGCUAUGGCUCCACUUCCAGGCGUGAUCCAGAUACAGGGGGACAUCACACAGCUUUCCACUGCCAAGGAGAUCAUCCAGCACUUUGAGGGCUGCCCUGCUGACCUAGUAGUGUGUGACGGGGCUCCUGAUGUCACUGGCCUCCAUGAUGUCGACGAGUAUAUGCAGGCUCAGCUUCUACUAGCGGCUCUCAAUAUUGCUACACAUGUCUUGAAGCUAGGGGGCUGCUUUGUAGCCAAGAUAUUCCGGGGCCGAGAUGUAACACUGCUCUAUAGCCAGCUGCGCAUCUUCUUCUCCAGCGUGCUCUGUGCCAAGCCAAAGAGCAGCCGGAACUCCAGCAUCGAGGCCUUUGCUGUUUGUCAGGGUUAUGACCCUCCUGAGGGCUUCAUUCCAGACCUGACCAGACCCCUGCUGGACCACUCGUACGGUGAGAGCGAGAGCUGGUGGCCCAUGCCUGGGGAAACUGCACCAGCCACAUGCACCACAUGUCUCUUGAGGGCCCUCAGCCUCCCACCCUGAUGGCUGUUCCACCCCCUGAUGGGUAUUUUGUAUUAAUGGGAGCUUUGGUUCAGAUAGUCCUCCAAUGGUAGCUCUUGGUCCUGGUGGAAAUUCUGUUGCGGCAAACUCCUAAGCAUUCACCCAGGGAAGAUUCUACCUGUCUAUCUUAAGGAAACCCUCAGUCAUUGCCCUCGGGUGGAAACCUCACAUGUGUUAAACAUGCCCUGGUGGGCAAAGGCAGAUCCCAGUUGAGUGAGACAAGGUUCUGAUAGAAUGUGCUGGCUAAAGUGUUUGCUGGGUAGGCAUAGUGCAGUGCAAAGCAAGACCAGGGGCUGACAUUUAGAAUCAGUGAUCAAGCCAGGCGAUGGUGGCGCAUGCCUUUAAUCCCAGCACU